AGAAAAAUGCAAUAAUCUAUUUAACCAAUUCAAUAUUAUGAAGAUUAAAGACCAUCAAGAACUAUUCUUACAACUUAACCUAGAUCUCAAACAAAUAAGUCUUCAAGAUCAAUUAAAUCUAAUUCUACUCAUAGAGAUCAAAAAUCAAGAAUCUCUAAUCAAAAAUAUGAAUUGAUUAGUUGUUGUUCAUGUUCUUGUUGUGGAUGCAGUAGAAAAAGUUCAACAAGACUUAAAAAAACUCCAACUCCCACUCCUAAAGUUAGAAGAAAUUAUUAAGAAAAUCCAUCAACUAAUAAAUCUAAUAAAUCUAUAAGUAUAAUAAAUAUAUAUAUUAUUUAGAAUAAUCAUCAAUUGUUAGUUCAGAAUCUAAAAAAUCUAGAAAAUAAAAAAUUUUGAAUUCUUCUUAAUAAAUUAAAUAAAAAUGUGAAUAUCAUCAUUAUGAACUCAGAUAAUCCCAUUAAACAACUCAUUUAUCAAAUAGAAAAUCUAGACCCUCAAGUGCUGCAAUUAUAAAUCCAGAAACAGCUAGAAGAUAAAAAUUGAAAGAAUAUCAAGAAAAAUAAAAAUAAUUACAAUAUUUAUAUAGUGCUAAAUAACUUUAACCAUAACCAAGAGAAUAAAGUUUAUCAAAAGUUGCAUGGAGAGCAGAUAUAUCAAGAGUAUUAUAUAUAUAUUUAAAUUAUUUAGAUUGAAGAAGGUAAAGAAAGAAAAAGUAGAAUUGAAAAAAUUGUUUAAAUUUAAAGAGAAAUUUUAAAUAAAUCUUUAUCAAAACACAGAAGUCAAUCAAAAUAAGAAUCAAAAAAAAUUAUACCUCCUCCUGAUCCUCAAAAAUUGAAACUCUUAAAUUAAAGAAAAAAAUUAAUGGAAAAUAAGAAUUAAAAAAUCAUUCAUGAUAAAAAAGAAACUUAAAGAUUAAAAUAAGUGUUAAACUAAUUAAAAAAAUAAAAAUAAGAUGAAAAAGAAUAAAAAACUAAAAAAACAGAAUAAUUAUCUAAAUUACAAUAAUAUCAAAAAGAACAUAGAUUAUAGUGUAAAAAAAAGAAAUUUGAACCAAAUGAAUAAUAAAUCGAAUAAGCCUUUUAAAUUGUAUCAAGUGAUAAAGUAGAUUGA